AUGACAAGCGGUGCAAACUCUUCAGGAUCUCAUUUGACCUUAAACAUAAAAAACUCUAAAAUAGAUGACAACUACUUGAAGGAAUUGAAUGAGGACUUAAAGCUAAGGAAGCAAGAACUUCUAGAGAUGCUAAAACCUCUAGAAAAUAAGAACAACCUCUUAUGCCAGAAGUUAAUGUCUAACAUGGACGAAAAACAAAAAAGUCUGCAGAUCAUGAGGCAGAUCAUGGCAGGGAAGGGGUAUGAUGAAUCCUCAGUUAUGGAGCUCAUUAAGGAAGCAGAGGCGAUGAAACAGAAUCUGGAAAGGAAAAACACGAUGCUUCGGAAGGAAAUGGAGAUGCUAUGGAACAAGACAUUCAAGUCAGAAGAAUUCAGCGAUCUACCAAAAGCAUCAGAGAUAAAAAAUAAGGCAGAAUUUCAGGAUGGAAAGGCUCCCAAAUCCCCCUCAUCACCUAGGAAGACCAAGAAUGAACUGGAGACAUCAUUUGCAGAGAAAGUGAAGGAGAUGAGGAAGGAAAAGGAACAGAGGACAAUGGAAUGGAUCAAGUGUCAGGAACAAACCAAGAUCUUUCAGAACAACUUUCAUGGCAAAGUGAUUGAACUGAGAAUUGAAGCUUUGAAGAACUACCAUAAGGCCAAUGACCUGAAAUUAUCACUGUACCUACAGAAUUUUGAGCCAAAGCAAGAACUUUCAAAUCCUUGUGCAUUCCCAGGUACUGUGAGCACUAUAACUAAGGACAGACCAACUACCAGCAGAAACAAGCCCAAUGUGAAAAUUCUGGGAUCAAAGGUCUGCACAGAACAACAAGGAUCUAAAGGAAGUCAGUUUGAUGAGGCAGGACAGAGGCUCUUUUGUCUGAGGUCAUUGCCAGAUGAAGCACUGAAGGAUUAGAAGGGUUUCACUCCAUUUGCUUUGGACAGAUUUAAAGAGUAGCCGCAGUCAUUUGUGUUAAUUAAAAUCUCCUAAACCUUU